AUGAGGACCCUAAUGAGUAGCUACAUGAGCAACGAGGAGAGUAAACAUUCUAAACCUUAUGGAAAAUGUCAAAAUUGCAAGUAUCCAAGAAUUGGUUUACUUUGGUGUCAACCGUGCGAAUCUAAUAAAUUUAAGAAUGAGUGGGGCAGGUGGACUAGUGGUGUCACGGUCAUCAACGCGUUUAUUCAGGAAGUUCAAUGCACAUCUCAAAGCGCAUGCCAAAUUAUAGAGUGGAUACCAUAUGAGGAUUUAACAAAUGUUACGUUUAUUAGAAGAGGAGGGUUUGCUAAAGUAUCAUCCGCUAUUUGGUCAAAAGGUCCUUUAUUGAACUGGAAUGAAAAUGAGAACGAAUGGGUAAGGGAAGAAAACCAUAUGGUUGCUUUAAAGGAACUAAAUUAUUCUUCGAAAAUGAGCAAAGAAUUUCUGGCCGAGAUUAAGAAUCAUGCAAAUUGCAACGGUAUCCCUCGUAUAAUUAGGUAUUAUGGACUUUCAAGGAAUCCUAAGACAAAUAACUAUAUAAUGGUGAUGAGGUACGCACCUUCUGGGAAUCUACGUGAUUAUCUGCGAGAAAAUCCAACUCUAAUUCAUAAAGGCGCAUUACCAGAAUUUAAGAGUGAUUUCCCGAAAAUAUUGAAAGAGUUGAUCACAAAAUGUUGGGAUAACAAUCCCUCGAAUCGACCAGAUGCCAAUAAAAUUCAUGAAUCAUUUCUUGAGAUGUGUCACAUGUCAAGGGAAGACUUUCAAUAUCACUUUAAAAAUCUCCCUCCGUUCAUUACCAACACCAAUUGGCCUGACGAUCAGAAAUAUAGAAGUCGAGAAUUAUUGCCGUCGAGAAACAUUUUUUCGCAAACUACAAGAAAUUAUGUUUUUAGUUCAGAUGUUGUAUCUGGUCCAUACAGUGACUCGAACAUUCUUUCUGUUAAUACCACCAUGUCUUGA